AAAGAACAGAGACGACUCUCUUUACCCUCUCAUCUCCCUCUUCUUUCUUCCUUCCAGAAAAAUGGAUUCAAAACCCUAAUUUCUCCCUCACCCAAAAUCCCCACCAAUCCUUACUCACACCAUCAAAAUCCUCACCGUUGAUUUCGUGAAAAUGGGUAAAAGUGGACGGCUCAGAUGGAACCCUUUCAGCCACAAAUCGUCUUCAUCCUCUUCAAGACAGGAACAGAACCAGCAACAACAAGAACCUCCUGUCGAAUUCAUCUGUCCGAUUUCAAAAACAAUAAUGUCCGACCCUGUCGUCGUAUCCUCCGGUCAAACCUUUGAACGUGUCUGCGUCCAAGUCUGUCUCGACUUAUCAUUCAUCCCCAAACUCAAUGACCUUGACGACUCUCCACCAGAUUUCUCCACAGUAAUCCCUAACCUCAACAUGAAAUCAACAAUCGACACCUGGUGCGACUCCGUCGGCCUCCAACGACCACAACCACCGGAUUACUCCGCCGUGGAAACCAAUCUCCGGCACCAGAUGCCGCCGUCAUCAUCACCAGAGAUCCGCGUCUCGGAGCGAGAGCUCCUAAGAGCGGUGGCCGACCGAGCUCCUCCGAUGCCGAUAUACCACCACGCAGACUCCGACCUAAUGGGCCGAAGAAAGCCCACCGGAGAUUUUAACUCCACAAGUUCAGAUGAAUCAGUAAUCGUGGCCCAAAGCCCAUUUACUCCACUCCCUCUAACCACCAGGCCAGCUUGCUUCUCCCCUUCCUCUUCCUCCUCCGAAAUAGAAAUUAUGAAUUACUCUCCCGAAGAGGAAGAGAUCUACCACAAGCUGAAGAGCUCCGACAUUUUUGAUCAAGAGCAAGGGUUGAUCAUGAUGAGGAAGAUGACAAGAACAAAAGACGAAGCUAGGGUUUCACUAUGCUCUCCACGUAUCCUUGCCCUCCUCAAGAACAUGAUUGUUUCAAGAUACAGUUUAGUUCAAACUAACUCUCUAGCUUCUUUAGUGAAUUUAUCAUUAGAGAAGACCAAUAAGUUAACGAUCGUACGGUUAGGAUUCGUUCCGAUUUUAAUCGAUGUGUUGAAGUCUGGUUCGAAGGAAGCUCAAGAACAUGCUGCGGGUUCGUUAUUUAGUCUUUCUUUGGAGGAUGAUAAUAAAAUGCCGAUAGGUGUUUUAGGUGCGUUACAACCGCUACUUCAUGCGCUUAGAUCAGCGGAGAGUGAUCGUACGCGCCACGACGCUGGUCUUGCUUUAUAUCAUUUGUCUUUAAACCAGACGAAUAGAUUGAAGCUUGUGAGGCUUGGAGCUGUUCCGGUUCUGUUCUCGUUGGUUAGGUCUGGUGACUCGGCGAGUAGAGCGCUUUUGGUUAUAUGUAACUUGGCUUGUUGUAGCGAAGGACGGUCAGCGAUGUUGGAUGCUAAUGCGGUUGGGAUUCUUGUUGGGAAGCUGAGGGAGGAGGAGGAGGAGAGUCGGUCUUCGACCGCGGCGAGGGAGAAUUGCGUGGCGGCAUUGUAUGCAUUGAGUCAUGAGAGUUUGAGGUUUAAGGGGUUGGCGAAGGAGGCGAGGGUGGUGGAAGUGUUGAAGGAAGUUGAGGAGAGAGGGACGGAGAGGGCGAGGGAGAAGGCGAAGAAGAUAUUGCAGUUGAUGAGGGAGAGAGUUCCUGAUGAGGAGGAGGAGGAUGAUGGUGAAGGGACGGUUGAUUGGGACAGAGUUAUACUUGAUUCGAAUGGGUCGAUUCGGUCGAGGUUUGGUCGGAACAGAAUGGUCACUCAGAAUUCGUCUGGCUUCUAAAAGGGUAACAUUACAUUUGUUCUUUCAUGCUUUUGUUGUAUAGGGAGCAAACCUAAAAAAAAAAAUUGAUAAAAUGUUUGUGAUGAAAUUUUUUGUAACCUUGUGAUGAUGAUGAUGACUCAAAAAGAGUUGACACAUGAGUGAUGUGUACAUAUGUGUUAUGCGCAUUUUGUAAUAUAAACAUUACGUUAAUGUAAGCUUACCAAUGUGAAGUAAACUUGAGUUAGC